CUCAUCUUCUCCCAUAUAUAUCACACUUCCUCUACUAGCUUUACAGUUUUCAUCCCUAAUCUAGCAUCCGCUUUUUUCAGCAUUUCCAAGCUGCUUUUUGAACACACUUUCACAUUUAAAAAUUACAAUAAUGGAAAAACUACAGAAGAUGAUCUCCGAGAAAUCAGUAGUGAUCUUUAGCAAGAACUCUUGCUGCAUGUCUCACACAGUCAAGACUCUCUUCUUAGACUUUGGCGUAAACCCGACGAUCUAUGAGUUAGACGAGAUCAGCAGAGGAAAUGAGAUAGAGCAAGCAUUGGCUCAGAUCGGCUGCAGUCCCACGGUGCCGGUGGUUUUCAUAGGAGGCCAGCUCGUUGGUGGAGCCAAUCAAGUCAUGAGUCUUCAUCUUAAUCGGUCUCUACUUCCAAUGCUUAAGCGCGUUGGGGCGUUAUGGCUUUGAUUAAUUAAAUAUAGACAUAUACUUACGUAACAAACCUGUGGGUAGAUUUUGUCUAGUGUUGUACUUCUCCUUUCCCAUGUUUGUAUUAUUAUAUAUACAUGGAAGGAUCUAUAAAAGAGUAUUGUAUGUAUGGGCAUUUGAAAAAUGUGCAAAUAUAGAUGGACUAAUAUAUUUAAUCCCUAAUGUACUUAAUGU